UUUAUUUGCUUCUUUUCAACGUUCUAUAUUUGAUUUUGGUUUUACUCGUGAAGUGUAACAUUCAGUGUAACGUGUUUCCCAUGACUGUGAUUUCGUUACAUCAUCUUAAAGACACGGAAUGUUUGUAAUUUCAAAUAAGUUUUUUAAUCUUUAUUUAUGAUACUUUGAAAGACGAUUAUUACAAUACAAUAGCUGAAAUUUGAUUUGAAUUAACCUCCUUUAAGUUUAUUUCUGGUAGUGGUCAUUUUGGACCUCCCACCACCGCAAUGCUCUCUCCAGUCUCUAUGUCGGAACAUAUAUACAUAUACACACACACACACACACGCACGCACGCACGCACACAUAUAUAUCAGCUUAGUACACGGUAUUGUCACUAGAAUGUGUAAAAGCACAAUUUCUCGUUAACGCUUCUUUACGGUCUUAUUUGUAUUUAUAUGGUGAUAAGGGGUGUAAUGUAAGUCAUCGCGUUAUGUGGAGAAAAGAAAUCCUAACCUAACCUAUUCAAAUCUUCUCUUGGUAAUGCUCACGACCGAGGGGUAAAAAAGAUAAAAUAAGGAGGACGAAGGAAUAUUAUUGAAGAAAUAUGACAGAAAAGUGCACGUUGACACACAUGCCGCAUCAUAUGCAGCAAAAAUUGUGUCAUACUAGACCACUUUACAGGCAAGGAAAAAAAUUGACAGCAGUCAAGGUUUACACAAUUAAUGAUGAAUCACAGCAUUUGCUAUUAUGCGGAGUACCACAAUUGCAAUUAGGGGAAGAGAUAAAAAAACUCAUUUAUCCAUAUGGAAGUGUGAAAGCAAUUCAGUUAGUGACUGAAUAUCCUUCAGAGGAAUUUACAGAAACGUAUCAUAUACAUUAUGCACACAUUCAGAGUGCAAGAAUAGCGAAGCGCUCGAUUGACAAUAAAAACUUUUUUGGCGGAAUUCUGCAUGUUUGUUAUGUCCCAGAGUUAGAAACUAUAGAGGAGACGAAAGCAAAACUUAUACAACGUCGUAAAGAUGUGGCGACGCAGAUAAAAAGAAUUCAACAGGAAUCAGCGAAUCCAAAAGUAGAUAAAUUUAUUCCAAGAGAACAAUAUCAUAGAAGAAAGAAAACCCCUGCUUUGCCUCUCACUGAGGAACGGAUUAAGCACUGUUAUCCUGGAGAAACAUUGUCUUCUAUUUGUAAUGGAAUACCUCAAAGCAUAGAUCCGCGACCUGUGUCCGAACCCCGUUUGCCAAUAAAUUGGAAGGAUGAUUAUAAUAGUGGCAUCGCGUCUAGUUCAGAAUCAUAUCCGGCACCGUAUCAGUCGACCGAGGCAAUAAUACAGACGGGAAUUCAGCAAGCAAAUAAAAAUCUCGACUCAAAUGUGUGUAAACGGAAAAAUUACAAAGGACACUGUACCAACAAUAAGAUCAAAAUUAUUCGGCCACGAUUAAUAGACACUAGAAAUAUCGCGAGAUUAAAUUCCACUGAAAAGACGAACGUAUUUUGUAAUAUAAAGAAGGUAGAAAGUGGAAUCACAAUCAAGUUACUCGAAAAGUCUCAUAAUGAGAAAAAGAAGAUAGUUAUAAAAAAUCCAAGUGUAAUAUCCUUGGUACAAUCCAGCAAAGAUCUUCAAUCUUCGAUUCAAACGGCAAAAGCUCAAAUUCGCACGAUAAUGCAGAAACACAAUACUUAAAUAUUGAAUAUGUCAUUUUGAAAAUCUUUCAUUUAUAAUAAUUUUAUUUUACAAUUGCUUAUUUAUUUCAAAAAAGUACAUAUUUGCGUUAAAUAUAAUUUUACUAGUUAAUAACGAAUAAACUUAGUAUAUUAAACUAAAAA